UGGCGCCGCGCCUCGCCCCCUUCCGCCGCGCUGCAUCCGGGCGCUCGCCGCCGGCCCCGCCGCGCCUGCGCAGAGACGCCCCACCCCGUCGGCUCCGAGGUGCGGUAGCCGGAGAGGAGACACCGGAUUGUGGCCCCCGGGACGGCGCCCGCUAAGAUGUUCGCUUGCGCCAAGCUCGCCGUCUCGCCCUCCCUGAUCCGUGCUGGAUCAAGACUCUUGUACAGACCAAUUUCGGCAUCUGUGUUGCCUAGGCCAGAGGUCAAGAAUGGAGAGGGCAACUCAACACUUAAUGGGGCCCAAAAUACUGUCUCCCGACUAGCACUUAGAGAAUUCCAGACUAGUGCUAUCAGCAGGGAUAUUGACACUGCUGCCAAAUUUAUUGGUGCUGGUGCUGCCACAGUAGGUGUGGCUGGUUCUGGUGCUGGUAUUGGAACAGUCUUCGGUAGUCUAAUCAUUGGUUAUGCCAGAAAUCCUUCUCUGAAGCAGCAGCUGUUCUCAUACGCUAUCCUGGGAUUUGCCCUGUCGGAAGCUAUGGGUCUCUUCUGUCUGAUGGUUGCUUUCUUGAUCCUAUUUGCCAUGUGAAAGGAGAUCUGCCUGUGAUACUGGCAUUGGAAUGUAACUCUGCAUUUUAUGGGACUCCCAAAAUGUUGGUGUCAUGGAAAUUGAUGCUAUUUCCAAAGUCAUUUCAUUAAAGAUAACAACUUUAACUGUCAA